AUGUUAUCAGCGCCAGAAGCAAAAACAUACGACCCAUGCAUGGAGGGAAAAAACAUUGUUGCAUUGUCUUCAGCUACCUGGCUAAUUGUUCCCCGACCGCCUCCAAGGCCCGGUUAUAUGCUUUCUGGAGAAGGCAGUGAAAAUGCAUCCUCCUCAUCCACGACAUACUAUGGAAGUUGCUUAAAUAUGGAUCCGGAUGUAGCUGAGCUUGUUAACGAUGCAGUGACAAUACGAAAUUUACUAAUUGAUGAUCAAAGCUCUAGGCUUACCUCACUUCGUAACAAUAUUCCGCAAGAAGGAGAAGAUGAGCGUUUGAAGAAAAUCCAUCGACAGUUGGAAUGGUUGGUAAGUGAAGAACCAGACGACCAUAGGCGUCGACGAUUACGACAUAUAUUGCCAGCAGCUAACUGCGUGAGAGAGCAGGUUUUUGCGCUGCGACGCUUUCUACAUAGUGUUAAUACUGCUUCUAAUACAAAUUAUGCAACACAUAUACAUGGCGCAUUAACAGCUAUCAUGAAAGAAUCGUUUGAGGAAGAAUACCGUAAAUUGGCUACUGUAGUUGGUGUCCUGGAUGCAGUUGCGGAGCUGUUGAUAUUUGAAGUAGAUGCUUUUGAUAUUGAAUGUCCAGUGGAGAAUCGUACAAUUAGAAAGCUGAUAGCGAGCACGUUAACCAAUUUAACGUUUGGAAAUGCGCAAAGCAAACGUCGUCUGUGUUCGCAUCCGAAUCUUAUAGAAUAUACUAUUAGAAUUAUAGACGAUUCCCAUGGUCUUGCUCAGGUUUUUGAUUUUAUGCAUAAUUUAUGA